CAAAUAAAGCAGAGAUGGUUUGAAGCAGAAGAGAUUAGUCAAGAGUCUCAUCCAUCGCCGUUGUUCUCCUCGCCGGCAGCUGCUCUUUCCGCCGGCCACAACUGCAUUGCCAAUUUGUGAUUGGGUCUUCUUAUCCGCUUAAUGGUAUAUUUACCCUCUACCCCCUUUCUCUCUGUCAAGUCUCUGCUUUUUACGGUCCCUCUUCUACCCCCGGAAGUAAUUUCUUUCUCUAAAUCCCUUCUUCUCUAUCUCCUAGCUUUUACAGAUUCGGUCGCUUGAUUAUUUCGUUCCUGUUGGUUCCUCCAGGCGAUUCUCUGUGGGAUUAAGAAGGAUAGAGAAAUAGAAAAUGGAGGGUCAUUCCUUGAUUUCUCUUUGCGUCAACCAUUUCGGCAGCAACGGAGCAGCUGUUGCCAUCGCCACGGCCUGCACCCAUCCCUUAGAUGUGCUGAAAGUGCGGCUGCAAAUGGAACUUGUAGGACAAUCAGGUCCUUUAAGUGGAAUGGGACAAACUUUUCUCAAAAUAUUGAAAAAUGAGGGACCAAAGGGACUGUACCUGGGGCUUACACCAGCUUUGACUAGGUCGGUUCUUUAUGGAGGUCUUCGUCUAGGUCUUUAUGAGCCGACGAAGUAUGCAACUAAUUUGGCUUUUGGAUCCACCAACAUCUUUGUCAAGAUUGCAUCUGGAGCUUUUUCUGGUGCACUUGCAACUGCGCUGACUAAUCCUACUGAAGUUUUGAAGGUCCGAUUGCAAAUGAAUGCCAACCCAGGGAAUAGAGGUGUGAUAGGAGAGAUCCGCAAAAUUAUUUCGGAAGAGGGGACAAGAGCUCUUUGGAAGGGGGUAGGUCCUGGAAUGGCUAGAGCUUCUGCUUUAACCGCGUCACAAUUAGCCACGUAUGAUGAAACCAAACAGUGUCUUACUAGGAGGACAAAUCUGGAAGAAGGGAUAUAUCUACACUUAAUCUCAAGUACAGUUGCGGGUGGAGUGAGUACUCUUAUUACUGCCCCAAUAGACACCAUCAAAACACGUCUUAUGCUUCAACGAGAAUCAGAUUCAGUUGGUAGCUAUAGAAAUGCAUUCCACUGCGCACAUCAGAUCUUCCGUACAGAAGGCCCUCGGGGACUCUACAAGGGAGGCUUUACUGUGUUUGCAAGAUUGGGUCCCCAAACAACAAUUACAUUCAUUCUAUGCGAGAAACUGCGGAAGCUAGCUGGGCUGAGUGCAAUCUAGUUAACCAAGAAUGCCAGUCUGUGUAACCCGUAGAGACAACAUUAUUUUGU